AUGGUGUUGUCAGAACUCAGGGCUUUCUCAUUCACCAAGGAUGUUAAAAGCAUUGCUGAGAUCACAACUCUUACUGAAGAAACCUUCUGCAAUAUGGUUGGAAAGACAGUGAGGUUCAAGGCUAACCCUUUCGGGUGGUAUUAUGGGUUAUGUCAAACUUGUAACAAAACCAACCAAUCUCCAGGCUCCCCAUUCCAAUGCAAUUGUUCUGAUAACAGUUCAACCCCGAUAACUAAGUAUAAAAUUGAGAUUGAGGUCGAACACGAAUCCAAGACUUCUAAUUUUGUGUUUUGGGACAAGGAGUGUAUUCCUUACAUUGGCAUGUCGGCUCAUGCACUAAGACAGGUAAUGAAAAAGACAAAUAAGGACCAUCCUCUGAUUUAUCCGGAAUACCUUGACCAUCUGUUGGACAAAGACUUUGCUUUUCGUGCUAAAUACCAGCCUUACUACAGACAAGCAUCUAUAGUUAGACUAACUCAAGAUUGUAAGGUGAUGCGGCAGAUAGAAGAAGUUAUUACACAUUCUCAGGCUUGUCUAACCAUCACCAACAAGGAUGAAUCUCCUAAGGGAAAGGUCGUACUCUUCUUGGAAGACAACAAUGUCGUAAACACACAGACUAAUGUUACUCAUUCCAAAACAACUACAUCUGCAACACAGAAUUGGAGCCCCGAAGCCAGCAUUUCCAACACCCCUUCAAAGUGGUUGUCACCUGAUUUAGUUCAAGAUCUGGAGGGCCCUGAUCUUUUAUCACCAAAACUUUCUGCAACAAAUGCGGCAAAGACCAAGUCUGGAAGGAACACAAAAAACAAGUGA